AUGAGGCAUUUGCAAGGUGCAAGUGACAAUUUAGUUGUUGAGAUGCAAAUAAACGAUCGUGAAAAGUUUUUCAAUUACUUCAGAAUGACUCCGGAAGCAUUUCAAGAACUGCUAAUGUUAGUUGAACCACAUAUUAAAAAAAAAGAAAUUUGUCGAAUCCCAAUUUCACCUCGUACAAGAUUGCAGCUGACAUUGCGGAAACUUGCACUAUGGGAGGUCUUAAAGGAUAAAGUUUUUCUGCAACCCACCACUGAAAAUUGGCAACAGGUUGCUGACGAAUUUCAGGAAAUCUGUCAAUUUCCAAACUGCAUUGGCUCUUUAGAUGGGAAGCACAUUAACGUUCAGGCACCACCGAAUAGUGGCUCGUCCUGUUAUGAUUAUAAAGGUAACCACAGCAUCAACCUACUUGCUGUGAGUGAUGCAAAUUGUUGCUUCAGCAUCGUGGACAUUGGAGCGGAAGGGAGACGUAGCGAUGCGGGUGUGUUUGCUAGCAGUAAUCUUGCUCAUCUAUUGGAUACGAAUUCACUUCAACUGCCUCCGGAUAGGCAUGUGGAUAAUAGUGGAUUCAAAUUUCCAUAUGUCAUAGUAGGGGACGAAGCAUUUCCACUAACAUCUUAUAUGAUGCGGCCAUACUCUCGAAUGUGCGAAAGAACGUUGAAGCCAUACGAAUUAGAGACGCUUUUGCUACGUAUUUCGAAACUUCAAAUCCACUUGAUUGGCAGUGGAGAAAAGCACUAA